AUGCAUGAGUCAUUGGUGCAUUUUCAACUGCUGACUUUUUUACACUACAGAAAAAAUGCUAGCUGUGGAACAAGGAGUGCAGGCCGUACGACAUCUGCAGGCACAGGGGGAAUGUGGAGAUUCUAUACAGAGGAUUCUCCUGGCCUUAAAGUCGGUCCUGUUCCAGUUCUCGUAAUGAGUCUUCUCUUUAUUGCAUCUGUAUUUAUGUUGCACAUCUGGGGCAAAUACACACGCUCGUAAUUUGGCUAGUCCAUCAGCCAACUGGAAAACUACAAUUCGGACCAAAAGUAUGAUAGAUUUUCAGGUUUCUUUCCCCUUAGAAUGUAUUUGGUACACGCUUCUAGACCUGUUGAAGAGGAGUCCCUCCUUUGUUUGGCUCUGCUGUCGAAUGGACUCAUAAGCUUCCCACUUAGGGGUUUUGAUUCCUUUCUGUCACGGGCCAUGCUGUCCGCAUAUACGCCCUUGCAGUUGGUCUCAUUAAAAUUUGUAUAAACGCUG